GAGUACUGCGACUUUGCUCAGGUAACUCCCACGGUAGGUUUGAUUCGCCGAGAAGCAUUGACACGGGUUUUCCUUGCAUGGAAAUUGGGCCAAAGCCAGGUCCUGCAGCAGAUCGACUCUGCCACACCAGCAUCCAGGAUCCAGCAGCUCUUGAAGCCAUUCAAAGGACCCAGCAACAAGUUGCGCCAGGGACUUGCCCCUCUACCGAUGAUCAAGGAUGCCAGAGGUGAUUUCUGCCGCACAGCGGAAGAUGCAUUGCAACGCUGGAUCGCUUUCUUCGGAGACAUGGAGGGUGGCCAGAGAGCCUCACAACAAGACCAAUGGCAAAGAUGGCGUGCCAAUCUGGAAACCUUCAUACAGCAUGAUGUUGUAAUCCCGACUGAAGAAGUUCCUACGCUUUGUGACCUUGAACAAGCAUGCCGGACGGCAGCAGCCGGGAAAGCGACUGGAAUCGACGCAAUCCCUUCAGAAAUCUGCAAAUUUUGUCCACAGGCCGUAGCACUGCACCUUUAUAGUCUGAUGCUCAAAACCUGUGUGCAUGGGCAAGAAGCUUUGUCGCACAAGGGAGGGAUUUUGCUCCCGAUUUGGAAGGGAAAGCAUGUGAAAGAUCAGUGUUCAGCAUUUCGUUCGAUCCUCUUGUCGUCUUGUCUUGGCAAAGUCAUGCAUAAAGCUGUCCACACGAAGCAAUUGGACCUGUACCAACAAUUUUUGCAUAACCAACAAUUGGGAGGACGACGAGGUGUGCCGGUCACCUUGGGAGGCCAUCAGGUGAGAGCUUUCCAACGUCACUGCGCACAGUUGGGCACACCCUCGGCGCUUCUCUUCAUUGAUUUACAGGAAGCAUUCUAUAGAGUUCUGAGACCACUUGUGGUUGAUGGCCCCAUUGAUGAUGCCUCCAUUGCUGCUAUGGCAGCGCGCAUUGGCCUUGAUGUAGGAUUCCUUCAUGACCUUCAUUUGGCCCUUCAACAGCCAAGCGCACUGCAGGAAGCUGGCAUUCCGAGACACCUACAAAGAGCGAUCAGAGCUUUACAUACUGACACCUUCUUCAAGCUGCCCACGCAGCUCGACCAAGUGGUCACCCAACUUGGUACGCGCCCAGGCGACUCAUUUGCUGAUGUCAUCUUUGGAUAUCUCAUGGCCAAAGUGCUUCAGAAAUUUCAGCAUGCCAUGGAAGCACAGGGGCUCCUUUUGCAAGUGCCGGCUGUUGAAACCCUGAGCUUUGAAGGAGUCCAGGAUCGAGAGUUUCUGGUUGCUACGACACAUCUGCGCUUUCUUUCCAGUUUGGCUGAUGGACAGUUUGUGGAAUCUGUCGUGGAGCACAGGGCACUCUAUGAGGCGAUCAUCUUAGGCAUUCUGGACACUGACACGGUUUCUUAUGAGGCCUUUGUUCGCCGCAUCAUUCAGGAACAACCCAUUUCAUGGACGAGGUGUCGACAGACACUACAGGAAGCACAGCGGCAGCUUCAGGCCGGUUUCCUUGAUGUGGAUACAGUCCACCUCCACACAUGUUUGGAUAUCUUGAGACGGCUUGCCACGACAGACGCAUGGCCGUUCCUUGACCAGUUGCAGAGCAGAUCACCACCUACAGUGCCUUCCAUGGAUGAGAUUGACCUCCAGGUAGCUGAGACUCAGAUCCUUCCAAACCGACAAGCUGUUCCGAGGAUGGCCAAUGGGCUACCUCUAGUUUGA